UAAUGAAGUUCGGAGGAAGCACGAGGAUCUUUGUUUUAGAUCAGCCAAUGGAGUCAGUACAGGAGGUAAUAGAGGCAGAGGCUGAAGCAGAGAGAGAGGACAUUAUACAGAAACAGAAUGAAUAUCAGGAACUGCUGGCAGUAGCUGAGGCUGAAAAGAGAGAGAGAGAGCAAUUUAAGGAAUCACUUGGCGCCACAUGGGGAUUGCUGACAGUGGAUGAUUUUGGUAGCGAGAGAGGAAGGGAUCAAGAAGUAGAGAUGGACUCAGGCAGGGAAGCUUAUUACAUUGACGACCCUAAGAAAGCAUUGAAGAAAUUCUUUGACAGAGAAGGCAUUGAUUUGGAAUACGAAACAGAAGAAACAAAUGAACCAAAUGGAAAGAUUUACACAGUCAGGGUAAUGUUACCCAUUGAAGAUUUGUCAGGUCAACCAAUAUAUGCUGAAGGAUCACAGAAGGGAAAUAAGAAAGAAGCUGUUGUCAAGUGUGCCUUGGAAGCUUGCAGACUAUUAGAUAAUGAAGAUGUACUCAGAAAUCCAAUGAGAAGUUAUAAGCGGAAGAAAAGAGAUUGGGAAGAGAACGACUAUUAUGACAGUGAUGAGGAUAACUUCCUUGAUAGGACAGGAGAUGGUAUACACAUGCACGUAUUGAUGUCCUUAUGCUAUAUAGAAAGUCUGAGCCGAUUCCGACAGAUAUAUUUAAGUUAUGUGCAUUUUUAGAAAUGAGUCAAUUUUUGAAAAAUA